AUGGACGCCGCAGGCCCGAAGGCGAUUCUCACAUCCGACAACUUUCAUCAUGCACAAGAGCUCUCACGAGCGACCUCACCCGGCGGGGAGCCCGUUGCCGUAAAUGGCGAGGGUGAGCCCAUAGCCCGUGUGCGGCCUCGCACUUAUCCAUACUUCAAAUAUCUUCCGUACAAACCAGAGGAUGAGUCGGAGCGAAACCAGAACCUGCGAGAGAUCUUGAAUCAGCUUUACAUCGCAGUGGAGGCCGGCGACUUCAAUCCCGGAGCCGUACACUGGACACGCGAGCUCCGCGGCUGGCUGUCACUCAAAUUUGAUCCUACCCGAGCAGAACGCAUAAGUUUGGUGAAGCUAUACUAUGAGCUGGCACUUGCCCCUGGGAUUGAUCCCCAGGUUGCUGAACGCUUCUCGAGCAUGUUCAUGCUUCUCACAAAGCGCAAGCAUUACCUGAGACCCAUCAGCGAUCUGGUGUUAGAUUGGAAGCCACUUUACAAGGAACUGAAGGCCUUCGUCCUCCCCACCGAGUCCGGCCUCGUUCACUCGACCAACUUGAAAAGAAAUAUCAAGACCUUGACCAAGCUUUGCGCGUUCGCGCAAUUGUUCGUCGACCCAUGUGAACUCCCUGCUAUGCUCGAGGAAUUUUUGCCGCAUUACACCACAUCGUUCUCAGAGGGAGCCUUCGUUGUCGCAGGACUCAUUAAUUUGUUGCUUCCGACAUCGCCGCCCCCCCGAAUCUCGAGCCGAUCUCCUACCCCAAAACCACCUGCCUACCCAAUUCCAUCUUUGGUCUCUGACUCUCUGCCAGCUGGUCACAUUCCAUUCUCCGAGUAUGGUAUCUUCACAAAGGAACAGUCUGCGCUCAUCUUUACUGCAAUUCUGAGACUGUUGGAGAUUCCUGUCGGUCAGUCCACUUCUCCAUACAGUGCUCUCGUGGAUAUCUCUUCCGGACUUGGAAUUAUGCUUGACCGCGAUGGGCGCAAACAUCCCGUGGCUCAUCACAUUGCCCGAUGGAUAGUAAUGUCUCUCUCCCCUGCUUGCGUGGAUUCCGAGACAUCAGUUCUCACACAGUUGGAGGGUCUCAUACAAGCCGUAGAAACCUUCUUCCACCCCUCUAACUCCGGUGGCUGGACUAAGACCUUGUCCCAGCUGGUCUACUAUCUGACCGACUUCUUCGUUAUGCGUUGGAACCGCGAGCAGAGUGGAGAGUUAGAUAUUCCCCCUGAGCGGCGAUUGACUGAGCCCUUGAAGCGACGAUUCGUGCUAUGCAUCAGAGACGUGAUCUUUAUGGGCAUCUAUGCCAAGAGCAGCAGCGCAAUGACCUUUUCGCUUUCAACCCUCCAAGGUCUGGCCUACCUGGAACCCAAUCUUAUCUUGCCCGGUGCUCUACAGCGGAUUUAUCCUGCAUUGCAGGGUCUGGUUGAAGUGCACCGAACUACCUCCUCGCUCCGGGCCAUGCAGGUGCUAUCCCGCAUCAUUGUACGGACCAGGGGAUAUCGUUGCCACAUGACAACCCUCAUGGGUCUCGCCCUACCGGGUAUCGAUGCCAAUGACCUCGAAAAGUCACUCCACGCCCUUUCGUUCAUUCAAUCAGCGUGUUACAAUAUCCCUAUGUAUGAUCUCACCCAAGGACAAGAGAAUGUCAACUGCAACAUGCUCGCCAUGCAAUGGAUCUCGGGUGAGAUGGAAAGAAUGGAGGAACAAGGCGCAGACCUGGAGAUGAAUUAUGAUACUGAGCUGGAUGACGAGACAGAAGAAAUGAUCCUGCGUUCUUCAACAUGUGGUUUCGGAGACUUUAUAAUCUCCUUCUUGGGACGUGUGUUCACCUUGCUUGAGAACUUGCCGGACGUUUCCAGAGUCCGAAACGGAUCGCCCGAGGAAAAUAUUGUGAACACGCUGCCUGCCACAUUCAUGCCGCUACUUGCUUCAUUGUCCCCGGAAUACUACGACAUUGCACUCGGGAAAAUCGUCGAUUUCGUGUCUAACCACGUCAUUCACCAGGCGAGGGAUGCAAUGGCUUUCAUCUGCAAUGCUCUCUGCAAGGUCAACCCCGAAAAGGCUCUUAAGCGUUUCAUCCCGGUGUUGACUUCGGCUAUUCGGACCGAAAUUGAGGAAAACGGUGCUGGCUCGACCCGAACUACGGGGACAGAUGUCCUUCCUCGUGAUCGUGGUCUGGUUUGGAAUGUCAGUAUGCUCAGCAUGUGUGUUGUUCAUGUUGGAAGCGCUGUUAUCAAUCACCGCAAGGAACUGUUUGACAUCGCCGUUUACAUGCAACAAAACUGUCGCGGUAUUCCCACAGUUCACAUCUCCAACUUCAUCCACCAUCUUUUGCUCAACUUGACGGGAACAUACACGAACGAUUUCUCUCUGUAUGAGCCGUCCGUCGUUGCCAACGGUAUUGGACCCCAGCAUUGGAGCUACCAAGCCGAUGUGAAUAACCUUAACAUCAAGUGGCAUGUUUCCACACGUGAGGAAGUUGAGUUUGCCGUCGAUGUUUUCAAAAGCCAGACAGAAACAGCCUUGAAGCAAUUAUCUGCAUUGACUCAUGAAACAUCGAGCGUGAAACGUGAUGGAAGUGGCAAGGAUUGGUCAGAUGAGGUUACCCGUAACCUUGUCCUCAUACGACUCGUCUUGUCCGGAGUAUCUAUUCUCUUUGACCCGAAGGCAGCAUCGACCACCACGCAGGGACCCUCAAAUGGCGAUGUUGACAUGGCAGACGGUACCGGGGCCUCAGAAGCCAUGGAUUCAGACGCCGAUGUCGCACUGGAUAGCUCUGACGAUGGAAUCGUUCGACAGGCAUUUACAUACCCGACUGGUUACGCCCUCAAAGAAGGAGAUCCCUUGUAUACCGCGAUUCAUGAGCUUCGUGAGCGUACUGGGUGGGUCUUGCACGAAGUGCACCGCUUCUUGAGCGAAAACCAAGAGGAUGACGUUCCUUGCUUCGGUGCUUUGUACUCUGCCUUUAGAUCUUGGUUCGUCGACGUCGGCAUUGAAAGGUCUGCCCACGUCCUUGACCGAGUUACAAGACUUCUCGCAGCAGACAUUCACCCCUACAAGAUGAGCGGCAUGCGAAAGAAGUACCCCAGACCUUUACUUGUGCGCAGGGCCAAUGUGUAUCACCUCCAACGUCUUCGUCAUAACGCUGCUCCACGCCCACGAUCUAAGCUGGAUGAAAUCCUCCUCCUUGACAUAGCUGAAUCAUGUGUCUCGCUUUACACAGAGACACGUCGUAAUGCUCAGAAUGCAGGCGAGUCUGCCCUCAAGGCAGUUUACGGUGGAAGACUCCUCGUGAUCCCCCCUCUGCUCACGGCAUUGCAGAAGGGUAUCAAGGAAAACGACCAUGCCCGCAUCAAGGGCGCACUAUUCUCUCUUCUUCUGAGCAGCGUUGCCAAGACGGUUGGGCGGCAUUGGAAGUACACCCCUGCCCUUGUCAGGGCCUUCAUCGAUGCAAGCGCUGUUGAUAAGCCUUCUGUCCAGAAAAUCUGCUCCAGUGCUGUAUUCCAGGUGAUGGACUAUGGUCGCGCUAUGGAAAGAAUGGCAAUCUUGGAUCAAGAGAUCAUUGAAGCAAUCGCUCCUACCACGAAUGUGCGGGAGCAAAUCGACAAGAAGCGGGCUGUUGUGAAUAGCAAGCGUGCGGCAAUUGAGAAAAAGAAAGCUGAUCUCGCUGAAGAGCUUGUCAACCUUGCACGUGUGUCACACUGGAAGAUCGCUAGUCGUGCUGCAACCAUUGUGAUCACGAUGGGUCUUCGCUUCGAUUACAUCGCUAGUGAUAAUUUGCUUGAACUGAUGACGCUCGGCUCCAUCGACGAUCACCCUGGCUUGCGAGGCAUGUACUCUCAGGCUCUCAUUGCACUGUUCACCAUGAUCGACGUACGCGCCAUCUGCACUCACGACUACAAAAACUACAUCCUCGGCCAUCAACGAUUCCCGUCGAAGAUCAAGGUUGCAACAAAGCCUGAUGAACAAGGUUGGACUGAAGAGUAUCUGUCUAGCUUCGCAAAGCCCGAAGCUGAGUACUAUGUUGACCACGACUUCCCUGGCUGGCUCGUAUGGGGCAAAACUAUGCCAGCUUACAAGUCCAAUGUAGCUCGGGACAUUGAAUAUGAUGACGUCGAGUGGAAAGUGCGCACCAAGAUGGGCAAGCUGUUUACUCGCGAAUGGUUCUCCAAGUUCUUCAUGUACUUGAAGCAGGAGCCACGGGACCCAUCGGCUGAUAAAUUCCGCAUGUCAUGUGCCAUGAUGCUCCUCUAUGCAUUUGAACUCAUGAUCCGAGAUGAGCUCACGGAUGUCUCCUUUGAGGAAAUUCAGGAGGAAAUCAAGGGCGUCUUUGAAGAUGGCAGCGACAAGCACCAGCACCGUGCCACGGCUGAGAUUCUUGGUGCUCUGAUCUCAUCAGUCGCAGAUGUGGGUGUUGAGAAACGAACCAUGAUCUGGGAAUAUGCAUUCCCUAUCAUCCGAAAGAUCUUCACUGACGGCCUCACGCCGGAGAACUCCGGGUACUGGACAACCUUCCUCCACAUGAUCCUGCAAUGUCGCGACCCUCGCCGUGCCUGGCCUUUGGUUGAUUGGCUGUCUAGCUUCCGUCUUGAUAUGUCAACCAAUGCCGCCUUCAAGGAAAGCUCUAAGAUCAACCUGUUGCACCAGUGCAUCAUUGAUUCCGGCUGGCACUACCAGCUUGAAAAGCCUAUUGUGGAAGACUUCCUUGGGCAUCUGGACCACCCCUACAAGGGUGUCCGUGAGGCGAUGGGUCAAACUCUGGCAACGAUCUAUCGCACGCGGUACCACGAGUCAUACCCGGAUGUGAAGCACCUUCUAGAGGCCCAGAAAGCUUCUUCGUCAGUUGGUGACUACCCUUACGCGCCCAGCGAGGAUUUCUCCAAGGUGAUCCGUGGGGUUUUUACUCAGAUCGAGGAAUGGCGCAAAGUCAGAACUCCUGGGCAACAGACCCCCUCUUCUUACACUUCGGGCAGUAAGACUGUACUUCUCUGGCUGGAUUCGACACUGUCGUCCCAUGAGUGCACACAACUUGUCCCAUUCUUCCCUGACGUAUUCACUGCACAACUUCUACACAUGAUGGAUGUGAAGGAAGACCCAGAGCUUCAGUCUCUUGCAUACCACGUCUUCCGUCAUCUUCCCAACAUCCCCUACCCCGCCGAGAAGGAAUCACAAUUCAUUCAAUCCCUUAUUCGCAUUGGACAAACAUCUCCGUCAUGGCACCAACGUCUGCGCGUGAUGAUCAACAUCCAAAUCAUCUACUUCCGUCGCCUCUUCCUUCUCGACCAGGGAGACCGUGACAAGCUCUUCGAAUGCAUUGCCUCCAUGCUCGAGGACACUCAGCACGAAGUCCGUGCUGGUGCCUCAGCCACCCUCUCCGGCAUGAUCCGCUGCUCACCCGUCUUCCUGCGUGAAAAGAUGGUCAGCCGCUUCCAGACGCGCUUCACCAAGGCUCUGGCAGACAACCCUCUUCCCAAGAAACCGAAGAACCUCCGCCCCGGAGUCUCAUCUGCCGUUUCAUCGAACGCCGGAACCCCCACGCCCGAGCACAACCGUCUCAUCAUCGUUCGUCACGGUGCCGUCCUUGGUCUAGGUGCUCUGAUCCAAGCUUUCCCUUACAACAGUCCUCCGCCUCAAUGGAUGCCCGAGGCUCUGACUUCUCUCAGCAUUCGCGCUGCCAGUGACCCUGGUAUCGUGGGUUCGAGUGUCAAGUCCAUCAUCAGCGAGUUCAAGAAGACCAGGCAAGAUACUUGGCACAUUGAUGCAAAGGCCUUCACCUCGGAUCAGCUGGAAGAUUUAUCGGGAGUCUUAUGGAAGAGCUAUUUCGCGUGA